AUGAAUUCAAAUCAUCUGGAUCCUUUCUCUGCGGUCGGCGUCGGUACAAAGCAAAAGCAAAUCCAGGAUGCAAAGGACAUGUACCAGGUGGUCGUUGACCGCGCUGCAAGAACAAACACAGCCGUUCCAGACUAUGAGUUUCUUGAACUCAUUGGCAAGGGUUCCUUUGGCAGAGUGUACAAAUGUAAAAACAAUGCUACCGAGGACCUUGUGGCUGUGAAGAUCAUUGACGUCGAUGACCUGGACUACAAGCUCGACCUUGACCAAAAGGAUGAGGCCAUCGAAGACUUCCGUAAAGAAGUCAAGACGUUGAAACUUCUCAGAGACAGCCAAGCGAAGAACAUCAACUACAUCCAGGAGGCUUUCGACUUGCAUUCUCAACUAUGGAUUGUCAGCGAUUACUGUCCAGGUGGUAGUGUUCAUACGCUUAUGAAAGCCACUCCAGGCCCUGGCCUUGAAGAGGAGUACAUCAUCCCGAUUGCUCGAGAGUUGGCCGUGGCACUCAAAUACGUACAUGAUGCCGGUGUCAUUCAUCGAGAUGUCAAGUGCGGCAAUGUUUUGAUCUCCGAGGAUGGCCAGGUCCAGCUUUGUGAUUUCGGUGUUGCAGCUAUCAUCGAGACGGAGGCGUCAAAACGUUCGACCAUCAUCGGAACGCCAUUCUGGAUGCCCCCUGAGAUGCACUCCAUGGAUGUGGCAGUUCAGCAAGGUUAUGGUACCGAAGUUGACUGCUGGGCGUUUGGUUGCACUGUAUACGAGAUGGCUACGGGAAUGCCGCCGAACCACAAGUUUCAUCCUUCGAUGUUGAGGACAGUGCUGAAAGCCGCACCACGGCUUCAAGAGGGCAACUACUCACAGGGCCUGCGUGACUUUAUUGCCUUCUGUCUCGAAGAAAAGCCUCAAGACCGUCCCUCUAUGAAGGCUAUUCUCGAGCAUCCAUUCAUUGAAGGCACAUCAGCUCAGUAUCCUACAUAUACCGUGAAGGAGAUGAUCGAUCGUUAUUUCCAGUGGGAAAGAAGAGGCGGCCAGAGAGCUUCACUGUUCAAUCCAAUGGGGGCUGCCGCACCUCAGCCGUCGGAACAACGUGAUGACUAUGAUGACUGGAACUUCUCCACCUCUGCCGACUUCGAGAACGACUUC